UGCGACGUGCUUCGCGGAGUAAAUGCGGCGGCGCCGGGCGUAGGAGCGCUUGGGUUCUGAGCGCCUGGGCGUUCGGACGUUUGGCGGCAUCUGCGCCCGCGCUUGAGCCCGCCCCUGCUUCUCGUUGUGCUAUGGCGGACGAGGGGAAGUCGUACAACGAGCACGAUGACCGCGUUAGUUUCCCUCAAAGAAGGAAGAAAGGCCGGGGUCCUUUUCGGUGGAAGUAUGGUGAGGGGAACCGUCGGUCUGGAAGAGGAGGUUCUGGCAUUCGGUCUUCCCGCCUUGAGGAUGAUGACAGAGAUGUGGCAAUGAGUGAUGCCCAGGAUGGUCCCCGAGUACGAUACAACCCUUAUGCCACCCGAACCAACCGUCGGGGUGAAGCCUGGCAUGAUCGAGACCGUAUUCAUGUUACCCUACGGCCACGAGACAGACCUCUGGACAGAGGAGGGGCUGGCACCAGCCAGGAUGGGACUGCAAAGAACUGGUUUAAGAUUACAAUUCCUUAUGGCAGAAAAUAUGACAAGUCAUGGCUCCUGAGCAUGAUUCAGAGCAAGUGUAGUGUCCCUUUCACACCCAUCGAGUUUCACUAUGAAAACACACGAGCCCAAUUUUUUGUCGAGGAUGCUAGUACCGCCUCUGCCUUGAAGGCUGUCAACUAUAAGAUUGUGGAUCGGGAGAACCGAAGGAUAUCUAUCUUCAUCAACCCCUCUGCUCCACCCCAUACUGUACAGAAUGAACUGAAGCCAGAGCAAGUAGAACAGCUAAAGCUGAUCAUGAGCAAACGCUAUGAUGGCUCCCAACAAGCACUUGACCUCAAGGCCCUCCGCUCAGACCCAGACUUGGUGGCCCAGAACAUUGAUGUUGUCCUGAAUCGUAGAAGUUGUAUGGCAGCUACCCUCCAAAUCAUUGAAGAAAACAUCCCUGAGCUGUUGUUCUUGAAUUUGAGCAACAACAGGCUCUACAGGCUGGAUGACAUGUCUAGCAUUGUGCAGAAAGCACCCAACCUAAAGAUCCUAAACCUCUCCGGAAAUGAGUUGAAGUCCGAGCGGGAGUUGGACAAGAUCAAAGGGCUGAAGCUAGAAGAGCUGUGGCUCGAUGGAAACCCCCUGUGUGACACUUUCCGAGACCAGUCCACUUACAUCAGCGCCAUUCGCGAACGAUUUCCCAAAUUAUUACGCCUGGAUGGCCAUGAGUUACCCCCGCCCAUUGCCUUUGAUGUUGAAGCCCCCACGAUGUUACCGCCCUGCAAGGGAAGCUAUUUUGGAACCGAGAAUCUGAAGAAUCUGGUCCUGCACUUCUUGCAGCAGUAUUACACAAUUUAUGACUCGGGAGACCGGCAGGGACUCCUGGACGCCUACCACGAUGGGGCCUGCUGCUCCCUGAGUAUCCCUUUUACCCCCCAGAACCCUUCCCGAAGCAACUUGGCUGAAUACUUCAAAGAUAGCAGGAAUGUGAAGAAGCUUAAAGACCCUACUCUGCGGUUCCGGCUGCUAAAGCACACGCGCCUCAACGUCGUCGCCUUCCUCAACGAGCUGCCCAAAACUCAGCACGACGUCAAUUCUUUCGUGGUAGACAUAAGUGCCCAGACGAGCACUCUGUUGUGUUUUUCUGUCAGCGGGGUCUUCAAGGAAGUGGAUGGAAAGUCUCGAGAUUCCUUGCGAGCCUUUACUCGGACCUUCAUCGCUGUUCCUGCCAGCAACUCGGGGUUGUGCAUCGUAAAUGACGAGCUAUUCGUGCGGAAUGCCAGCCCUGAUGAGAUCCAGAGAGCCUUCGCCAUGCCAGCACCCACGCCUUCCUCCAGUCCAGUGCCCACCCUCUCUCCAGAGCAGCAGGAAAUGCUGCAGGCAUUCUCUACCCAAUCUGGCAUGAACCUUGAAUGGUCCCAGAAAUGCCUUCAGGACAACAACUGGGAUUACACCCGAUCUGCCCAGGCCUUCACUCUGCUCAAGGCCAAGGAUAAGAUCCCAGAAGUGGCGUUCAUGAAGUGAUAAUGCCCCAGAAGCAGCCCCCUGUAAAUAGUGCUUGGAUAGUGAUGUCUCCUUGUCAUCUUUGUCGUCUUCUCUCUGGCUGAGGCCACCCCGUGACUGUGACCGAGGAGGGAGAGCUGCUGGAUCCCUCUCCUCACCUGCCUUCUGGAAGAUUCCAGAAGAUUGAGCUUCACUGGUGCGACGAACCCAAAGCUUACUUUGUAGAACUGACACUAAACUAUUCGAAGGACUUAGGUGCUUUGUGUACUUAACCCCAGAACCCUCCCUACUUUUUAAGAUAAAGAGCGGUAUUGUA